CCCGCCCGUCCCCUGAGAUGGCUGCUGCUGCUGCUGGGGCUGCUGAUGCCGAUGCGGCGAGCGCGCUCAGGUCUCGCCCAACCCGAACCUCCCCCUCCUCCGGGCUCAGGCGCUCGUUCCCGCUCUCCCCCAGCGCCACGACUGCAGCCCUCAUUAAACCCCAGCAGCCCCCCGAGCCGCCCAUUGUUCCGUUGUGAUUUUGAAAUCUCUUCUUAUUUCUCUUCCUCCCAACCCCCUCCGGCCCCCGUUUCCUCCCCUUCGGAGCCGCACGCCAUCUGGUGCUUGUUUCCUUUCUCUUUCCCUUCGCGUGCCACGACGUCGUCUCGCGCCGCGUCCCAGCCUCCGGCCUCGCCUUGCUCGCUCGACCUCCCGCCCGCCCCUUCAACCCAACUCAGCUGGCUGUUCUGUGUGUGACUGGGCUGCGAAACUCGUCGGGCUUCUUGGCCACGCUCGCGUCAUUGCUCUUUCAAUUUUUCUUUGGCUCGUUUAAUUCGUCUCGGAUCCCGUGGAUCUUUCUAAAAGCGCGCGAAGCUCGCUGCGUCGGCCCCCUCGCCAGCCUCAUCCGCCUGUGUCGAGCCUGCUGCGCCUCGACGGCCAACACCACGUUCCGACUCGAUCUCUCCCACCACUCGCUAGACGCAGUUGUUGGGCCUUAUCAUUGCCGUGUGCGACAAUUCCGUAACUCCGGGCUGGCCUCGAACAUUUUUUCGCACCUCCGUCGUCGGCCGUUGCAGACGCGUUCUUCACCACACCUUUGCAGCACCUGAGGCAGCGCCUUGUCACCACCACCACCGUCCUCCUUUCACCGCGAACAGUCGGCACGAACCGCCGCGGCCCCUCAUCAGCGGUGAACCUUUACAGGCCCCUCUCCUAGGUCCCGUCCGAGCCCACCGACGGCCGCCGUACGCCCACCCUACUUCCGGGGCCACGCCUCCGCUCCAGCCUCCGCCGGAGGACGACGCCCGCCAUGUAUUCGCAACACGCGACCAUGGCUCCUCAGAAGCCCGAAACGUUUAUGCUGAGCACCGAAGCGCAGCAGGCAUUGCCGCACGAUGCUCAGGUCGCCCUGCAACAGGUCGACAAUCUCAAAUACUUCCUCAUUUCUGCCCCCGUCGACUGGCAACCCGAUCAGUACAUCCGGCGGUUCCUCCUCCCCACUGGCGAAUACGUCUCCUGCGUCCUGUGGAAUAAUCUCUUUCACAUUUCCGGCACUGACAUCGUGCGGUGCCUGUCCUUCAGAUUUCAGGCCUUCGGCCGCCCUGUCAAGAACUCCAAAAAGUUCGAGGAGGGCAUCUUCUCGGACCUGCGAAACCUCAAGUCAGGAACCGACGCCUCUCUGGAGGAACCCAAGAGCGCCUUCCUCGACUUCCUCUACAAGAACAACUGCAUUCGCACACAGAAGAAGCAAAAGGUCUUUUACUGGUACAGCGUCCCGCAUGACCGUUUGUUCUUGGACGCGCUUGAGCGAGACCUGAAGCGUGAGAAGAUGGGUCAGGAGGCUACGACGGUUGCCGUGAGCGAGCCCGCCUUGUCGUUCCAGUACGACUCGUCCCAGUCGCUCUAUGAGCAGCUCACGAAAACGCAACAAGCAAACUCGUCCUCUUUCAACGCUCAGCAGGCGUCUUUUUCUCAGAGCCAAUCCACGUCGCCGGUCAUGCGAGCCAUGGAUUCGAUGCCGCCUCCUAGCAUGAUGCCGCAGUCGAUGGCCCCUUUAGCCGAGGGCAUGGACGCGAUGGUCCCCUAUGAUUCGAUGCCCAUGACGGCCGCUGUGCCCCAGCAAGUCCAGCCCGUAAAGAGGGAUCCCGACUUCACACGUGUCCAGUACAACCAGAAUGGCGUGCCAAUCACACAUGGCCACCAGCGUCACGCCUCGAUGCCGGCUUACGGCUUGGAGUACUCCCCUGCCCCUUCGUUUGUGUCGUCUCAAUACGAAGACUACAGCAAUCGAGGCAUCUCCUUCGAGCCCAUCACGCCACCCCAGCAGGCUCUCGGCAUGGCUGGUGAGCCCGCCUACAUCGCCAAUGAAGAGACGGGCUUGUACUCUGCCAUUCCUGAUCACAUGUCGAACAUGAACGGGCUGAACGGCAUGGUCCAGCUUCCUCCUUCCAAUUUGGCCGGGUCCCAGUUCAGCCGACCAUACGGCUCAAACAACGUCUACUCGGUGAUUGAAGGCUCACCAACAUACAAGCAAAGGAGACGGCGCUCAUCCAUCCCGCCGUCAAUGUCGGCCAUGGCUGCACCUCCAGUCUCGCAUCCCACUGCCGCUCACCGCCCGUCUGACCUCAGGAGGUCCGUCUCCGCCUCAGUUGGCCCGGUCGCUGAAGGUGAAGAGUCGGCCAACAACUCGCCUCCUGGCCUGUCAUACAGUGCCUCGGGUGCUUCCAUGGCAAGCCAUCACCACAAGGACGUUGUGGACAUGUCCCGCCAUGGUACGCCCCUGUCCACCGUCGAUGGCAGUCCCGCCCUGCACCCCAUGGCUAUGCAGCAGGAGUAUGCUCAAGUCCCUACUGAGGACUAUGGCGGCGACGGCUCCUUCAAGGACCACCGCCGCAGUCUCUCCGGGCCCAACGGCGUGGUCCGCCGUGCCCGCUCGGCGACCGUCAUGGAGCUUGGCCCGUACCCGCACAAGUCUCACUCCUGUCCGAUUCCCACGUGCGGACGCCUGUUCAAGCGUCUCGAGCAUCUGAAGCGACACGUGAGAACACACACACAAGAAAAGCCCUACAUCUGCCCUCAUUGUAGCAAAGCAUUCUCCAGAUCGGACAAUCUUGCACAGCACAAGCGUACCCACAGCCGAGAGGACGGCGGAGACGGCUCGUUCAAUAUGUCGGCUGAGGAGGAAGAGGAGCUGUCUGGUGAAGAUCAGCUUGGCUCUCUCGAGGAAGCGUCGCCCACGUCAGAAAUGGCGUAUGCUCCUGGCUCCCUCAAUUCAGCCGCACAUGCUGCCGCCACCGACGCCAGUGCCUCGAAUAGUGGACGUUCGCAAACGACCAUGGGGCAGACGUUCAACAGCCUGCAAACGCUCAGCAUGCCUAUGACUAUCAGCCAGCCGGCCACGAUCAACGGCAUGAUGUGACAAGAUUUGAAUUUGCCAUGAAUCAGUUUCUUUUGGUUACCUUACAGCUCUUUAUUUGUCCGCGCAGCAUCUAUCUACGGAGAUCAGGCGCCUGCAGUACCACUUGUCACUGCUUUCCACUAUGUCCUACAUUUUUCAUUUUCACCUUCCGCGUCAUUUAGUCGUAGGGAAGCGUCCGCCCCGCAGCAAAAAGUCUGGGAGGAGCCGUAUAGAUACAUGCCCGGAUGGUGAGCUGCGGAGCGUCAAUAUAUGCUAGGAAAGCCGCCGGGUGGGUGAUCCGUUGCUGGCGUGAGGUGCGAAUAGCGCAUUUUGUACAUCUACCUGCUUUAACUCGAGGAGAUGACGGACAGGAUCAUUAAGUGUGAAUCUUGAUACUAUAGUUCGAUGGAUCAACGGGUAAUGAAGAACCAAUAUAUCCC